GCUAUCUCACUGGAUGGUUUGUGCCGGAUCUGGCGCUGAUCUCGUUGGACAUGGUCUCCUUCUUCAGCACGGAAAGCAACAACAUGGAGUCCUUCACCUUGCUUCGUCUCUUCCGAAACCUGCGGCUCUUGCGGCUGGUGCGGAUGGUGGGUCGCGCCAGUGUGCUGAAGGAGCAUUUGGAAACCUUCGAAAUCAUGGAGUGGGCAUCCGUCUAUGUGGAGACCACCUUGGGAAUGAUAAAGCAUUUGGCCAUCAUCGCAUUGAUGUGCCAUUUCUGCGGCUGUGCCUGGUACGCUCUGGGGCGAACGGAUCAGUUCGGAUUGGGGCAAGCCUCCUGGAUCACUGUGCAUGAAGCAACCAGAGAGGAGCUUGGCCUUCCGAGCGAUCUACUCUACAUGUACAGUACAUCGCUACAUUGGGCUCUCACGCAGUUCACACCUGCAGCUAUGGAGGUCUCGGCGAGCAACGGCGUGGAGCGCUUGUUCACUGUGGGCGUGGUGCUGACAGGUCUCAUCGUGUUUUCCUUUUUCGUGGGCUCGAUCAACCAAUCCUUGAGCACCCUGAAAGCCCGAAGUGCAGAGGACACGUUCCAGAAUACACUGGUUCGCCGCUACAUCAGUGAGCGGCAGUUAUCGAUGGAACUUGCCGCUGACAUGUUGGCCUUCAUCCGGCAACGUGGACUGGGAAAAGCCAAAAGCAAAGUGGUCUUCAGCGACAUCAAGGCCUUGGACAGCUUGCCACAAGAGUUGCUGGCGCACUUGCAGCACGAAGUGGGCCUUCCGAUCUUGGACACUCAUGCGAUGCUGAAGCAUUUGAGUGUGCUGGGCAGCAAGGAGAUGACUCGCUUGUGCGAGAAGGCCCUGAAGGAGUCCCGACGGAUCUACGGCGAACACCUGUUCGAAGCCGGCGGCGGCGGCGAAAAGAUGUACUUCAUCCUGUCCGGACGCUUUCACUACAUUAGCGAACAGCUGCGGGACGAUGUGACCCAGGAGGUCUCCAAGGGCAUGCGCUGCAGUGAAGCCUCUCUUUGGCUCUCCUGGGAGCAUCAUGGAACCAUGACUUGCAUGGAUCACAGCUCGCACCUCUUUCAGCUGGACGGCGCCCAGUUCCGGAAGAUCAUGGUCCGCUCGGACCAAGCAGAGCUCUGCGCAAUGUAUGCGCGGCUUUUUUACAAGAACUUGAUUGAGGAAUACUUGACCGAGGAGGAGGCCACCGACUUGUUUGGCAGCGACGAGGACGUCGCGCACAUUUUGACGCCCAUCCGCGCGGUGAUCCGCACCAGCCGCCUGGGCGCGGUCCUGGGCGCGUUGGUGGGGGGUUUCCAUCCAUCGAAGAAUGCAGAUUCACUGAGAACAAGAUCCAUACUAUGA